AUGUUAUCCUCUGUCCUGUUUGGGGGACUUAUUGCCCUCAUUGGCACUUCUAGGGGCUCUUAUCCUUUUACUCACUCAAGGAAUCCUCACCUGCAUUCCCACCUGUACCACGGCUGCUAUGGCAACAUCAUGACCAUGGACACUCCCGGUGCUGCCUGUGAUAUAACCAGGCUGCUUAACUGCGGGGUUCAUGGUUCUGAAAUGUUCGCUGAAAUGGAUUUGAAGGCCUUAAAGCCCUACCAGACCCUGAUCAAAGAAGUUGGGCAGAGGCAUUGCGUGGACCCAGCUCUCAUUGCAGCCAUCAUUUCCAGAGAAAGCCACGGCGGAGCCGUCCUGCAAGAUGGCUGGGACCACAGGGGCCUUAAAUUUGGCCUGAUGCAGCUUGAUAAGAAAAUGUAUCGCCCCGUUGGUUCCUGGGACAGCGAAGAACACCUGCUGCAGGCUGUUGGGAUUCUAGCAGAAAGGAUUAAGGCGAUCCAGAGAAAAUUCCCCAGUUGGAGUGCGGCUCAGCACCUCAAAGGUGGUCUCUCAGCCUUUAAGUCAGGAAGUGAAGCAAUUGUCACCCCCAUGGACAUAGAGUCUGACUUGGUCAAUGAUAUUCUCGCCCGAGCUAAAUUCUACAAAAGACACGGCUUCUAG